GGUCAGUGAUCAGUGCAAAGUGAGAUGAGAAAGAUGGUUUCGAAAGGUGUUAUCGUGUUCUUCCUCCUCUUCAGUGUCAUCUCCUCUCUGUCUGCUUUUGCAGAGGAGGUGAUCAAUGAAGAAGGUGAAGUUGGACUUGUUAUGAACUUCUACAAGGAUUCAUGUCCUCAGGCAGAGGAAAUCAUCACUGAGCAAGUCAAGCUCCUUUACAAGCGCCACAAGAACACUGCUUUCUCAUGGCUCAGGAAUAUCUUCCAUGACUGUUUUGUUGAGUCGUGUGAUGCUUCCUUGCUGUUGGAUUCGACAAGGAGAGUGUUGUCUGAGAAGGAGAUGGACAGAAGCUUUGGGAUGAGGAACUUUAGAUAUGUUGAGACAAUUAAGGAAGCUCUUGAGAGAGAGUGCCCUGGUGUUGUUUCUUGUUCUGAUAUCCUUGUGCUCUCUGCCAGGGAUGGUAUUGCUGCGCUUGGAGGACCUCAGAUUCCACUGAAGACUGGGAGGAGAGAUGGGAGGCAGAGUAGGGCAGAUAUUCUUGAGCAGUAUCUCCCUGACCACAAUGAAAGCAUGUCUGUUGUUCUUGAGAGGUUUUCCAGCAUAGGAAUCGACACACCCGGAGUUGUUGCCCUCUUAGGUUCUCACAGUGUGGGUAGGACACACUGUGUGAAGCUGGUUCACCGGCUGUACCCAGAGGUGGAUCCAGCACUGGACCAAGACCAUGUACAGCACAUGUUGUACAAGUGCCCUGAUCCAAUCCCGGAUCCGAAGGCGGUUCAGUAUGUGAGAAAUGACAGAGGUACCCCUAUGGUGCUGGACAACAACUAUUACAGGAACAUAUUGGACAACAAGGGGCUUCUGUUGGUGGAUCAUCAGCUGGCCACGGACAAGAGGACAAAGCCUUUUGUUAAGAAAAUGGCAAAGAGCCAAGACUAUUUCUUUAAGGAGUUCGCCCGUGCAAUUACCAUUCUGUCCGAGAACAACCCUCUCACGGGCAACAAGGGUGAGGUUAGGAAACAGUGCAAUGUUGUCAAUAAGCUCCACUAGAGAAGAGAAGAGAAGAGAAGAUUAAUCAACCAAAUCAUAAUUAUCUUAUAUAUUACUCUACUGUGUUAUCUAUCUAUCUUUCUUUCUUUCUUCCAUUGAGGAGAAAGGACCAAUAAUUAAAGAUAUAUGCAUCAUGCAUGUGUGGGGUGAUUUGGUUGUAUUAAAGUAAAUGCGCUCUCUAUUCUGUUUUUUAUUAUUAUUAGUUUCUUCUAUUAUAUGUUUGUGUAGACUUAUGAAAUGAAUUAAUGUGGUUGGUUGGUGGAUGGAUGGAUGAAUGGAUGAAGUGAUCAUGUUGUAUAAAAAAGAAGAAGGCGUGAUGAGUAGAAUUGAAAU